AUGAAGUUAUUAGAACUUGGCUUCGUCAACACUCUAGGCCUGUUAGUAGGCGUUUACGUCGCCUACCAGCACGCUCAAGUAUUCUACUGCCUCUUUCUCCACCCGCUCCGAAAGUUUCCCGGCCCGAUAUGGAUGCGCACAUCCCGCAUCCCGUUCUGCUACAAGCUGCUCACCGGCACGCUCCCCUUUGACAUGCUCGACCUGCACAGGCGGUACGGUCCGGUCGUCCGCAUCGCCCCCGAUGAGCUCGCCUUCCACGACUCGCGCGCCUGGAAGGACAUUAUGGGCCACAAGACCCAGGGCGGCGCCGAGAUGGAGAAAUCGCUCAAGUUCUACCGCUCCGUUCCCGGUGCACCCUCCGAUAUCGUCAGCUCUGAUCGCGAGGAGCACACCGUUCUGCGCAGAUCCCUGGCGCACGGCUUCAGCGAGAGGAGCAUGCGUGACCAGCAGCCUAUGAUCAAGGGAUAUGUCGACCUGCUCAUCCAGAGACUUCACCAGCACGGAGAUGACGGUGCGAAGCCCCUCGACUUGGCAGCCUGGUAUAACUACACCACUUUCGACGUUAUCGGUGACCUUGCCUUUGGUGAAUCGUUUGGUUGUCUCGACGGCUCAGACUACCACCCUUGGGUUGCGGCAAUCUUCCAGAUGGCGCGAUUAGGCACUGUUUUGCAGACCGGAAAACACUACCCUUUUGUUAUGAAGCUCAUGAUGGCCAUGGUUCCUGAGAAGGCCAAGCGCGAAAGAGCGCAUCACGAAGAGUUUACCGAGGCAAAGCUCAGACGUCGCAUGGAUUUGGGAUCGCGUCCUGAUCUCAUCGAGGGUCUCUUGAAGAAGAAGGAAGACUGGAAUAUGACUUUUGAGAAGCUCAAGGCCAACAGCAGCAUUCUCAUUAUUGGCGGAUCCGAGACCACAGCGACACUGCUUUCCGGCGUAACAUACUACCUGCUGACGAACCCCGACGCGCACAAGAGGUUGACCGACGAGAUCCGUUCCACAUUCAAGGAAGAGAGCGAAAUCGACUUCACUUCCGUCAGCAACCUGCCCUACCUUCUCGCAUGCCUCGAAGAAGCGCUCCGCCUGUACCCCCCAGUGCCCAUCGGACUGCCUCGCAUUGUCCCUAAGGGAGGCGCGACUAUCGCGGAUCACUAUGUUCCCGAAGACACAACUGUUUCUGUCUACCAGUGGGCUAUGUACCACUCUGAGAAAAACUUCCGCGAUCCCUUUGGCUUCCACCCCGAGAGAUGGAUGCAAGAUCCUGUCUUCGCCAGCGAUGACAAGGAAGCUUUCCAGCCUUUCCACGUCGGACCCCGCAACUGCAUUGGAAGAAACUUGGCCUACGUCGAAAUGCGCCUCAUUCUCGCACGCAUGUUGUGGAACUUCGACAUCAAGAUUGCCGAUGACAGCCGCGACUGGGCUGGCAGACAGAAGAUCUACCUUCUUUGGGAGAAGGGGCCUUUGAACGCUUACCUGAAGCCGGUCAGGCGCUGA